CUGGGACAGCCCACUGGAAAGCUUCAAUACAGCUGUGGAAAUCUGCACCCUAGAAGAUCCUAAUAUAGAAAUUCUCCAACCAACCAUAAUCAUGGAAGAGCCAACUUCAAGCACAAAAGGGAAUAAAAUGAAGAGCCCCUGUGCAUCCAACAAAAGAAAAGUUGACAAGAAGAAGAAGAAUCUGGACAGAGCCUCAGCCCCUGAACAGAGUUUGAAAGAGACAGAAAAAGCAAAAUAUCCAACAUUAGUGUUUUACUACAGGAAGAAUAAGAAAAGCAAUUCAAAUCAACUGGAGAAUAACCAGCCUACAGAGAACUCCACCGAUCCAAUCAAAGAGAAAGGAGACCUAGACAUAUCUGCAGGAUCUCCACAGGAUGGUGGGCAGAAUUAGUCCAAAUUGGACAAAUCAUCACCACUGAUGGCGA